UUCACUGAGAAAUCUAUAUGCUCUAAUUUUACCGUUUGUAGAUAAAAUAUAAGUAUACGUUGGCACUUAUGGUGAUUCAUACAUUCCCCAUGGUGGUGAGUUAGAAUUUAGAGAAAUCACAGGAGUUGUGAGGUUGGAAAAGUAAUGAAGGCGCUGUAAGAUCCGUGUGAAGUGAGAGAAAAAAGAAAAGAAAAGGGUGGAGGAAUAAUGGCCAGGCAUUGUCUCCCCAGACAGCUAUGCUGGUUUCCCAAAGCUUAAAUUGCAAGGUGCAGUUUUGCUUUAGCUGCCCUGUCUUUGCCCUUUUUGUGGUGUUACUUCUGGCAAGCACUCUUUUUCAGCAUAAGCAUAAUCCCCCAUGGUUUUAUUCUUUCAUUUCUCUCUGAUUCCCACAGCCUUUUUUCUCAGAGUAUAUUUGAUUAAACCACUUUAAAGUUGACCCAGAUUCCCGUUGCUGCUGCAGUCUUGGAUUUUCUCUGUUUUUAAAUUAGGCCCAGUAAUAUUAUUUGUUCCUGUUUAGAUUUUCAGUGCAUUUUAUAUAGAUGUCAGGAGAUGUGUAGGUGAGAAAGAAAGUAGAAUUCAUGGCUACCAAUGUGGAGUUUGAUCAUAUGAGCACUACUUCCUGCUCCUCUGUUACAUUGAAUUCUGCCCAUAGCUCUGUGAGUGAUAUAAGUUCUGUUAGUUUCAGUUGUCCUUCUGGGGGUUCUUUCAAUGGGGCAGGAUAUUGCAGUGCUAGAAGCAGUAUAAGCUGUGACAUUAAUUCCAUAUCUGAUUAUGGCAGUAUAAAUAAGCCUCACAAGGCCAAUAAUGCAGCUUGGGAGGCUAUCAGAAGCCUGAGAUCUAAAGAUGGAAGUAUUGGGAUAAAUCACUUCAAGCUCUUGGCUAGGCUAGGUAGUGGAGACAUUGGAAAUGUGUAUUUGUGCCAGCUGAGAAGUGAUGGUACUGAUAGCAGUCCGUCAUGUGGUGGAGGUCUUUAUGCAAUGAAGGUGGUGGAUAAGGCUGCAUUGGCUUACAGAGAUAAACUGCAGAGAGCUGAGAUGGAGAAACAGAUCUUGUCUAUGUUAGAUCACCCUUUUUUGCCAACUCUUUAUGCCCAUUUUGAUGCCUCUCAUUAUUCCUGCCUGGUCAUGGAGUUCUGUCCUGGUGGAGAUUUGCAUUCCCUGCGCCAACGCCAGCAUCUUAGGCGCUUCAGCUUAAAAGCUGCAAGGUUUUAUACAGCGGAAGUUGUGGUAGCACUGGAAUACCUCCAUAUGAUGGGAGUGAUAUACAGAGAUCUGAAACCAGAAAAUAUUCUUGUAAGAGAAGAUGGUCAUAUAAUGCUCUCUGACUUCGAUCUGUCUCUCAAAUGUGACGCAUUUCUCUCCUUACAAAACACUUGUCAUAGUACAUAUCCAACAUCUUUCCCCAGUACUCCAUCGACAUGCAGCAGUAUCGAACCCGUGAUCUCCUGUUUCUACCAAUCUACAGCACUCCAAAAGAGCAAAAGCAAAAGAAAAAGCCAAGAACAAAACCAAGUAGAACUUGUAGCAGAGCCCAAUGAAGCUCGUUCAAAAUCCUUCGUUGGGACGCAUGAAUAUUUAGCCCCAGAAAUAAUCUCAGGCCAAGGCCAUGGCAGUGCUGUAGAUUGGUACACCUUGGGAAUAUUCAUCUACGAGCUUAUCUAUGGCACAACUCCAUUCAAAGGAGCCAAUAACGAGAUGACACUUGUAAACAUCCUAAGUCAGCCCCUCAGGUUCCCACAUCUGAAAGCUCAAUCGGAUAUCGAUUCCUGGUAUAUGGCAACAGAUAUUAUAAAGAAAUUGCUGGUUAGGGAUCCCCGCUACCGCCUGGGUUCGAGUCGCGGGGCUGCCGAUAUAAAAAGACAUCCUUUCUUUAAAGGAAUUAAUUGGGCUCUUAUUCGCUCCAUGCCCCCUCCAGAAGUUCCUGCACUACAUGUGAGAAGCCUUCUACUAGCUAAGAAGAACCCACAUACUUACCAACAACAACAAUUGCCUUCACAUUUUGAUUAUUUCUGAUCAAAAACAUCAAGUUAUGUAAAGUAAUCAUAAGAAUAAUUAUCAAUGUGUAUUUACUAUCAUAAUUUGAAGUUCACUUGUUUCA